GCAGCGCGUGCAAAUGCGACCCGACUGCAAGCUUUGGUUGCGAGAGGCCUGUUAAAAAGCUUCGUGAGCGCCGUGCACGGCGCACGAAGACGUGCCGCACGCGACGAUCGCGCGGAGACCCCCGCCGACAGGCUGCUGACGGCCCGCGGGCUGCCUUGCGGCCCCGACACAGCCGCCUUAGGCUGCCCCACAGUUGCGCCAGCUCGUUCAAUAGUUAAGCGGGCACGCACGCAAGACUCAUUCAAGGCAAGGGAAGCCAUGGCACGAGUAGCGCUCCUCCUCGCGUUCGGCGCACGAGCCUCCGCGAAGUGCCUCUCGUCCGACGCCUUGGAGCACGAGUUCCUCGGCAUCACGGGAUUGGAGUUCAUGCCGUCGGAAGGCAGCUGCUGCCAGUUCGACGUCUGCGGCCUGCCCUGCGCCCAGCCGCACGACCCGAAGAACGCGCCGAAGUUCUACGGACGCAGUGUCGCGAUGGCCGUCGCCGCCUUCUGCGCCAUUGGCUUGGUGGCGUCCUACUACGUCGGCGGCGACACGGCCAAGUUCUUCGUCGCGGGACGGACACUGCCGCUACCGAUCGUGGUGAUGACGCUCGCGUCGCAGUGCAUCGACGCGAACGCCGUAUUAGGUAAUGCGGACUUGUCGUAUUGGUACCAUUUCUACGACGGCGCCGUGUUGCCGAUCGGCCUCGGGCUUUCAUUAAUUCUCAACGGACUCUUCUUAGCCAAGCCGAUCAACGAGAUGAAGCUCCUGACGCUUCCCGAUUUGUAUGCGCGCAAGUACGGGAGACUCACGGAGGUUCUGGGGUCGUUGAUCUGCACGGCGUCGUUCAUCGCAUUGCUCGCCGGUAAUUUGGUCGGGUGCGGCAAGAUUUUAGCCUAUCUGUAUCCCACGGUGCCGUUGAAGGCCGGCAUCGUAACAUCGGGCCUGGUCAUGCUCCUGUAUACGGCGGCCGGCGGUUUGGUGAGCGUGGCGUAUUCCGACUGCGCGCAAGCUAUGUUCGGGUUGUUGGGCGUGGCCGUGUGUGCGUUGUGGGCGGCGCAUCACGGGAACAAGGCGCCGCCGGACUCGAUCGGCUUCCCGGGCUACACGUACCCGGACACGUUCGGUCAACGGGUGUGCGACAAGUACGACGGCGUGCCGUGCGAGAACGACGCCGCCAAGUGCUGCUACAACACCGAGAAGUGGUGCCCCUCCGACGACAACUGUCGGGCGGACAACGGCGCGUACUGGUGGAAGGGCGGCGACGCCCGCAUUUUUGAUUCAGUCAAUGAACAGGGCGGCAACCAGAUGCUCAAUCCGCACUCGCUGACGCCCUUCCCGAACGCGAUUUUAUUUAAUUGGGCGACGGUCUUCAUCCUCGCGUUCGGAAACCUGGCCGCCCUCGACUUCCAGGCGCGCUGCAUGGCCGCGAAGACGGCGAAAAUAGCACAAAUUGGAUGUCUGAUGGCGGGCAUCCUAGGAAUCAUGGUCGCGACGCCCUUCGCGCUCAUGGGCGGGGUCGCGCGCUACUACUACGGGCCCGAUUCCAUGCAUGCCGAGUUCGAGGCCGACACGUGUCACCGGGCCAUCGACUUCCCGACGUGCGCGCAGUGGAUUCCGGACAAGCAGGCCGUGUUGAGGGUGCUCACGAAAGUAGCCCCGAACGUGAUCGGGGCCUGGACUUUGAUAGGCAUCGUGGCCGCCAGCAUGUCCACCUCGGACGGCGCCAUCCUCGCCAUGUCGACGGUGGCCUCGCACAACUUGUUCGCGAACCUGCCGCGCUUCCUGCCCAAGCAUUUCGACGCGGACUUGGUGACCACCAAAAAUAAAUUGACGUUGACCCGGUUCUUCGGCAUUCCGUGCACGGUCGCCGCCAUCCUCAUCGCGUGCUACAAGGCCGACACGACGGGCUACUUGCUAGUCGUAGCGUUCGACAUCGUGUUGGCGGGCUGCGUCGUGCCCAUUUUCGGGGCGUGCUACUGUAAAACUCCAUCGCCCACGGCCGGUCUCGCCGCGAUGGUCGGCGGCUCGUUAUUACGCAUCAUCCUCGAGUUCUCGUUACCGAAGGACGGCAUGCUCAUCGCGCCCUUCGGCGGCGACGAGUUCUUGGAUUACGGCAGGCCCAAGAGUUCCUUGUACCCGACGUUCUUCGACGUGCCGGAGGCGGACAAGUGGUCGCGCGACUCGGACCAGUGCGAGCAGAGUCGGUUGGAGGACUGGACGGGCCUGGAUAGUAUGUUGGCGCCCGCCUUCUCGCUCGUCUGCUUUCUGGUCGUGCACUUUUUGGAGAAAUUCGGCGGCGUGACGUUGGUGUCGUCGUGGCUCGUCAAGCCCGUCCCCGAGGAGCUUGAUGAUGAUUUCCUGCCCAAAAAGGCCGAUGAGUCUAUACCCGAGCCUCCCUCAACACCCGUCAAGCCCAAGGCCCCCGCGGUCCUGCCCAAGGCCGACGAGGAGGCCGCGGCCGAGCCCGUCCACAAGGCCGUCGACGAGGAGAGCGCCGAGGGCCGGGGCUGCGCCGUCGCCUAGCGCCCUGCACAUACCACCUGC